AUGGAUUCUUCUGUCAGCAUCAGUGUCAAAAGCUCAUCCAUUGAAUUCAUUGGAAAUUCCUCAGGGAUAGAUGUGAAGACAGAACUGUCAGGACUAGAGGCUAGUCAUUGUGACCAUGGAGCCCUGCUUGGACCUCUGGGAUUAUUUGUUCAGGGACUUCUUGCAUUCCUUGCCUUCACAUCGCUCAUUGUUAAGAGAUUCUUGGAGCCAAAACCUGAAAGGCGACCUUGGAGAAUCUGGUUCUAUGAUACCUCUAAACAAGCUGUAGGUGCUGCUGUUAUACACUUUGCCAAUGUCUUUCUAGCUGGUGUCUUCACUGGAGAUCCAUGCACUUGGUACUUUGUUAGCUUCCUACUUGACUCCACCAUAGGUCUUGUUGUCAUCUAUAUUCUACUGAAACUUACCCAAGUUGUUGUUAGGCGGAAACACUGGGAUACACUCAAGUUUGGAGAAUAUGGAAAACCACCUGCGUGCAAUGCCUGGAUUGGUCAGAGUGCCCUUUAUAUUCUUGUUAUCAUUGUAGAGAAAAUUAUCAUGACUCUCUUGGUGCUGCCAUCAUUUUGGGAGGAGGUUAGGAAGUUCAUCAUGUCACCCAUCAAGAGCCCAAAACUAGAACUAGUCAUAGUUAUGUUCAUAGUGCCACUAAUUAUCAAUGCUUUUAUGUUCUGGGUCGUAGAUAAUUUCCUUAUGCGGAAAAGUUGGAAGUCACAGAGCAUGACAACUUUGGUUACUGCAGAUUCUUCAGGUGUCAAGUACUUUAAAGCUGUUGAUAAAGUGAAAUAUUACAGUAAGUCUGAAAAGGCUGAUGAAAGUGAAUCAGACAUUCUUUUGUCUGUUGAUGAAGAUCAGGAUACAAGGCACAGGACUAAUGGUAAAACAGGAAGUGACUCGGAGACAGCCUUUUUCGGUAAUGAGGUCACAUAACAUGAAAUUAUCUGGAGUGGGAGCAGUUUGGUAUUAUGAUUGGAAAUACUGUUUAAAGCUUCAUGUUGAUUUAAAUGGAGACUUGAAGCUCUUUUAAACAACAUUACACGUGUAGACUUCAACUCAGUGCAGAUGGCGAUUAAUCUAAUGGAGGGAAAACAGCAAUACUUGGAGUUAGAGUAAAAAGGUUAAAGAUGUAAUACUUACUGCAAUAUUUAAAUACAUACUCAAGUAUGCAUAUUUAGAGAAAUAACAUGCAUAUUAUGAUAUUCAAAUAGAACAGUAUAUAUGCCACACUCUAUCUGGGCUUUUUGCUCUUCCGAGCUUUAAAUAUGGAGAAUAAUAUCUGGUUGUGCAGGAUAUAUCUGUGAAAUACAAUAUAAUGCAAUACAAAACAUGUACAAUAAAGACAUAUCUUGUAUGAUAAAUAUCCAAUUGAUUGACUGGCAUGAAAGGUCUAUGUG